AUGCUAUUCAAAAAACGCCAAUCGUCUGAUGUUUCGACGCUGGCUGGGCCGCCGGGUCCAGGCGGCCGCGGCCAGCUACCCAUGCUUCAGAUGCCCGACAAGUUGCGGUUCAAUCUGCUGUGUGUGAUGGGUGAGUUUGUCGGUACAUUCUUGUUCCUCUUCUUCUCGUUUGCCGGCACACAGGUGUCGAAUACCCCAAUGCCCCCACCGGGAUCGUAUCCGAAUACUUCAAACCUGAUGUAUUCGGCCCUUUCUUUUGGUUUCUCUUUGACUGUCAAUGUCUGGGCGUUCUUCCGUGUGACAGGGGGUCUCUUCAAUCCGGCGGUAACUCUUGCUCUCUGUCUGAGCGGCGGGAUGCCGCCGCUGCGAGGGCUGUUCGUAUUUCCAGCUCAGCUGGUAGCAGGCAUUGCCGCAGCAGGUGUGGUAAGUGCCCUGUUCCCAGGGCCACUGAACUGUGCAACAAGACUGGGCGGCGGGGCAUCCAUUGUACAGGGUCUGUUCAUUGAGAUGUUCCUGACUGCACAAUUGGUGCUCGUCAUCAUCAUGUUGGCGGUGGUCAAGCACAAGUCAACCUACUUGGCACCAGUGGGGAUCGGACUGGCCUUCUUUGUGGCAGAGUUAAUCGGCGAUUAUUAUACCGGUGGUUCUCUCAAUCCUGCUCGCUCCCUCGGACCGGACGUGAUUAACCGUAGUUUCCCCGGAUAUCACUGGAUAUACUGGGUUGGUCCGUUGCUUGGCUCUUUGUUGGCAACUGGGUUCUAUCACAUCCUUUGCUUUGUCCGAUGGGAGAAGAUUAACCCCGGUCAGGACUUUAACGAAUGGGAAGCCAGUGGCACAAAGGAAUCUAUUUAUUCCGAUCACACGGUGACCAAUGGGGAGAACCACAAUGGAGAAAGCCACAACGGAGGAAGCCUCAGCGAGCCACGAAGAGACGUCCCGGCCGGGGACCAGGUUUAG